UGGUAAUUAAAUUGGCGAUGAAGGGGCAUCAGGUUUAGGUUCUGGUUUAGCAAAUUGCACUAAUCUCUUAAAUUUGAAACUGUAACUUAGUGAAAAUAAAAUUGGUGCAAUAGGUGUAUUAGGCAUAAGUUCUGCUUUAUAAAAUUACACUAAUUUAUCAAAUUUGACAUUUGACGUAAAUUACAAUAAAAUUGGUGAUGAAGGUGCAUCAAGCAUAGGUAUUGCUUUAGCAAAUUGCACUAAUCUCUCAUAUUUGACACUUAAUUUUCUUAGUUGUAAAAUUGGUGCAAUAGGUGCAUUAGGGUUAGGUUCUGGUUUAGCAAAUUGCACUAAUCUCUUAAAUUUGACACUUUACCUUCGUUCCAAUUAAAUUGGUGAUGAAGGUGCAUCAGGCUUAGGUCUUGCUUUAGGAAAUUGCACUAAUCUCUAAAAUUUGGCACUUAACCUUAUUGGCAAUAAAGUUGGUGAUCAAGGUGCAUCAAGCUUAGGCUCUGCUUUAGCAAAUUGUAUUAAUCUCUCAAAUUAGAUGCUUGACCUUCGGUAAAAAUAGUUUAUUUGUUUAGAUUGUGAUAUUUUUAAUUAUAAAAAUUCUUUUAAAUCAAAAAAGCUCUUUCAAUUUAUUUGAUUUAUUUUUCUUUAUCUUUAUUUUUGUUUGUUUUUGUUUGUUAAUUUAACUCAUUUUUUAUUUUCACCUUUUGUUUUAUUAUUAAAUAAUUUAUUUCUUAUUAUACUUUUUCUUUUCUUUUCUUAAAAUUAACUAAUUACUUUUUUAUUUUUUUCUUAAAAUAAAAAAGUGAUAAUAAAAUUGGUGAUGUAGGUGCAUAAGGCUUAGGUCUUGCUUUAUCAAAUUGCACUAAUCUCAAUAAUUUGACACUUCACCUUUCUAACAGUAAAAUUGGUGUAAUGGGAACAUCAGCCUUAGCUUCUUGUUUAGCAAAUUGCACUAAUCUAUUAAAUUUGGAGCUUUUCAUUG